UUUCCGGUAACAAGCGGAAGCUGAAACAGUGUGGAGGUGACCGAGAGGCACCUAGCAGCGCCAUUGUUACGCGACGUUAUUAUCAUAAAACGGGGAAAUAUUGUGCUUAUUAAAUUCAGCAACUCGUGUCUAACAAUCAUUGGCACAAAUGGGUGCUCAUCUGGUCAGACGAUACAUCACUGAUAGAGACACCGAGCCGAUAUGUACGGAUAAGCCCUCCUUCGACCCGCUGUAUGGCUUCAGUGAAAGGAAAGAGAGAGAAAUGGUGGCAACUCAGGAGCAGAUGAACAUGGCCCAGCUUCCAAUGGACUUGAGGGACUACUGUGCCCAUUACCUUAUCAUAUUUAUGAAGUGCAGGAGGGACCACUGGCCCAAUAUCUCGGCCUGUGCUCAUCAGAAGCAUGACUGGGAGUACUGUGAACAUAAGGACUACGUGAUGCGUAUGAAGGAAUACGAGAGAGAGAGGAGGCUCCGGGUGAGGAAGAAGAGAAUUGAGGCUGAAGCUGCGUAAACAGUACUAUUCUCUACUUCUUGUAUUUACAAACUGCUAUUCAGAAUUAAAUGGUGGUGUUGAAUCUUGACCGAUAUUCUCCUAAAUAAUGACAUAUUGUUCAAUAAAAUGAAUAUUCAUAUU